AUGAUUUCUUUGACCGAGUGCAAUCAAACCGGCACCGCAGGCAAGCCUGAUGACGAUGAGUUCUUCGACCGCGUGCAGUCCAACCGCCACCGCAGGCAAGCCAGGAUCGCCCUGGGAGGGGUGAAGAGCGCGGGAGACGGGGCAGGCGCGGCAGGGGGAGCGGGAGGGGCGGCGGGGGCAGGAGGGCGGAAAGGGGCAGGCGGUGUGGUGACAGCAGUUGACCUGCUGGAGGAGAGGCAUGGGCUGCAGGAGCGACUGAGAGAGGUGGAGGGGCAGGUGGCAGAGGAGAGGAGGAGGAGAGAGGAGGCGAGUGGGGAGGGAGUGGAGAGAGUGGAGGGAGGAGGGGAGGGGGAGGGCGUUGGUGGUGAGGUGGCGCUGGAUCCUCUGGAUGCCUUCAUGUCGGCUGUGACCACAAAGAUAGAAAUGGACAAAUUAGGGACGCUGACAAGGGAGGCCGCCCGGCUGUCAGGCGAGCUGGAGCGGGUGGCAGCACUGCUACAGCUGGCAGACCCUUCAGGAGAGGCAGAGGCCAAAAGAAGCAGCAGAUGUGGCGGUCAAAAGGAGGGAACAUCACGAGGGAGGGGCGGCAGCGGAGGAGGAAGAGGGGAAGAUGGGAGAGAAAUGGAGGGAACAGGGGAUGGGGGAAGCUCAAAAGCAGGAAGCUGCAGGGGGGAGUGUGGGAGAGAGGAAGAUUGA